UCUUCCUCACUCUCUAUCAACAUUCAACAACCCAUCAUUUUCCGACUUCAAUUGAGAAAAGGGAAAAUUAGGAAUUGAGAUCAAUCAAAAUUAAAAAAAUUAGGGUUUGCUUUUCAAACCCUAAUAAACACCCUUCUUCUAAUUUAUUCCCCUUUCUCUCUCUCCCACCCUAAUCGAAGAACCAAUGUCAAUGGCGGAGAUGAUGUCAAAGGAGAGAGAAACUCGGUACACCCACAACAAUGGCGAAUCAACAGCGUGCAUUAACGAAGCCCUAAGAGACGAUGAAUUAAGAGCAAUUCUUGCGAAAUUAGAGUGCACUAAAGAUAAAGAAGUGUUUGGAUUAGUGUGCAAGAGAUGGCUCCAUCUUCAGAGCUCCGAGAGAAGGAAGCUCUGUGCGCGCGCUGGUCCCCACAUGCUUCGUCGCUUGGCUUCGCGGUUUUUUGGGUUACUUGAGCUCGAUCUGUCGCAGUCUUUGUCUCGGUCUUUUGGUAUCACUGAUUCUGAUCUUUCUGUUGUUGCCGAUGGAUUCCCUUGUUUGCGCAUUCUCCAUUUGUGCAAUUGUAAAGGUAUUACGGAUGCUGGACUAGUGGCAAUAGGAAGUAGUCUCCAUUCUUUGCAAUCUCUUGAUCUAUCACAUUGCAAAAAAGUGACAGACAAGGGAUUGUCUGCUGCGGCUAAGGGCUGCAAUGACCUAAGAUUCUUGCGCCUUGAGGGCUGCAGAUUCAUUACCGAUACUGCACUAAAAGCUCUGUCUGAAAAUUGUCGUAAUUUAGAAGCGUUGGUCCUGCAAGGGUGCAUGCGCAUAACUGACUCUGGACUGACCAUACUUGCCAGUGGAUGUAGACAACUCAAGUAUUUAGAUUUGAACAAGUGCACCAAUGUAGGAGAUGCUGGGAUCUCUAGUAUUUCGGAAGCCUGUUAUGCUUCUCUAAGGACUCUCAAGGUAUGGGAUUGCUAUAAAGUUGGAGAUGGUGCUAUCUACAAUUUGGCUAAGGUUUGCAAGAGUAUAGAGACUCUAAUUAUUGGUGGUUGCCGGGACAUAACUGACGAGUCUAUUAAAUCCUUGGUGCUCUCUUGUCAUUACAGUCUUAAGAAUUUGCGGAUGGAUUGGUGUUUAAGCAUCACUGAUUCUUCAGUGAGCUGCAUUCUAAUGAAUUGCAAGAAUUUGGAGGGGCUAGAUGUGAGGUGUUGCGAAGAGCUGACCGAUGGUGCUUUUAGUGGAUUAGGCAGAGGAGAUGACCAUGCAGCAAAUCUGAAGGUUUUGAAGCUUGGUAAUUGUCCAAAGAUCACGUUGUCUGGACUAGCCAUAGUUCUAGAUUCCUGCAAACUUUUAACAUACCUUGAUGUUUCUUCAUGCCCACACAUUACAAAAGCUGGUCUUGAUGAGGCUGGACUUCAGAUUCCCGAAACCUGUAAAGUGAAUUUUAAUGGAAGCUUGACAGAGCCGCUGGACAUGUUGGUUUGAGCAUGUUAUAGUCUUUGGGCAUACAUUUGUGCAUCCUUGUUCAGUGUUUUGGCAUGUGGAAUAAAAGGUAAGGGUUAUGCUAUCCUCUUCCCUUUCGCAUGGUAGUGCGUGUUGGUGGCGUGCAUCCUGUUAUCUUGUUUCUCUAGUUAUUUUUUCUGCUGCAGAAUUCUGUGUAUAGUUUGGUGUAGAAAAUGUAUUAUAGUAUCUUUGUAGCAUUGUUUGUUGGACUUCAUGGCAAUAAUUAUAUGAAUCUGUUAUGUACUCUUGUAAUUUAGGGUUGGAUCUUGUAUACAUAUAUUAUAACACAUUUCUGAGUCUUCCAUCGUUUUGCCUGGCAUUUAUCUGUCAAAUGAUAUUUUUCAUU